CGCCGAUUCUCCGUUGCCGCCUCAACCUCUGUAGGUCUUCAGAGUCAUGACCCAGAUAAUUUAAAGCCCUUCUUAAUGAAAAGUGUUCGAUGCAGCCUUGCAACACAGCAGUAGGUGGACCAGCAAAUUCCAAACUUGUACAUGAAGUGGAUGCCCUUGGUGGUGAAAUUGGGAAGAUUUCUGAACGAUUUCAAAUAAUUUGUGCUUGUCUCCUUCCAAAGCCGCAGCAGCCUUUGCCUCACCCGUCCCUUCUUCACCUGCAACCUCUCCUGCUGAUUCUCCGUAGCUGCCUCAACCUCUCCAGAAAACAGAGCAAGGGUAACAAACUCCUUCAAAAGCAACACAAGUGGAUGUCCAAUGCCAGCCAUUUAUAAUCCUUUGAAGCUUCAAAUUUUGUGUUUCAGAUGUUUUCUUAGAAACAUGUCAUCGUCAUCUUCUUCAUUGUCGUCGUCGUCAGCAUCAUCAUCUUCUUCAUUGUCGUCGUUGUCGGCAUCAUCAUCAUCCAUUGCAACUCCAUCCCAUAAGCACAUAGCCCAUCUUCUGUUAGACCAAAAAUCAGCAUCCCAAGCCCUCCAAACCUUCAAAUGGGCCUCCAAACUCCCCAACUUCAUCCACUCUCCCUCCACUUACCGUGCUCUCAUCCACAAGCUAUGCACAUUCCACCGCUUUGACACUGUUCACCAAUUGCUCGACGAAAUGCCAACCUCAAUUGGGCAACCCCCAGAUGAAGACAUCUUUGUCACCAUCAUUCGAGGUCUCGGCCGUGCCCACAUGGUAAAACAAGUUAUCAACGUGCUUGACUUGAUUUACAAGUAUGAAAAAAUGCCUUCUUUGAAGGUAUUCAAUUCCAUACUUGAUGUUCUUGUGAAGGAAGAUAUAGAUAUAGCUAGGGAGUUUUAUAGGAAGAAGAUGAUGGAAAGUGGCAUUCAAGGCGAUGACUAUACUUUCGGUAUCUUGAUGAAAGGACUUUGCUUGACGAAUCGAAUUGGUGAUGGUUUUAAGCUUUUGCAAGCGAUGAAGUCUCGGGGAAUUACCCCAAAUACUGUGGUCUAUAACACGUUGCUUCAUGCACUUUGCAAGAACAAGAAAGUUGGGAGAGCGAGAAGCUUGAUGAAUGAGAUGGAAGCGCCCAAUGAUGUGACUUUUAAUGUUUUGAUAUCUGGUUAUUGUGGAGAAGAGAAUUUAGUGCAAGCUCUUGUUUUGCUAGAGAAGUGCUUUGGUUUGGGGUUUGUGCCUGAUAUUGUCACUGUAACUAAGGUGUUGGAAAUUCUUGGCAGUGAUGGCCGUGUAAUGGAGGCUGUCAAGGUUAUAGAGAGAGUGGAGAGCAAGGGAGGAUUGGUGGAUGUUGUAGCUUAUAACACCUUAAUUAAGGGUUUCUGUAGAUUAGGGAAAGCAAAACUCGGUCUUCGCAUUGUGAAGGAGAUGGAGAGAAAGGGAUGCCUUCCAAAUGUUGAUACUUACAAUGUAUUGAUCUCUGGUUUUUGUGAGUCUGGGAUGUUGGAUAUGGCGCUUGAUAUGUUUAAUGAUAUGAAAACAGAUGGCAUCAACUGGAAUUUUGUUACGUAUGAUACAUUAAUUAGAUAUUUGUGUUCAGGAGGAAGGACGAAAAAAGGGUUUGAAAUUUUGGAAUUAAUGAAUGAAAGAAAAGGUGGUUCCCUUGGCCAAAUUUCUCCUUAUAAUAGUGUGUUAUAUGGCCUGUAUAAGGAACAUCGUUUGGACGAAGCACUUGAGUUUCUAACCAAUAUGGGGAAACUAUUUCCUAGAGCUGUUGAUAGAAGCUUGAGAAUUUUAGGUUUCUGUGAGGAGGGUGACACAGAGAAUGCCAAGAGAGUUUAUAAUCAGAUGCUUAUGGAAAGGGGAGUUCCAAGUGUUUUUAUUUAUGACUGUCUAAUCCAUAGAUAUUGCCAAGAAGGGUGUAUUAGUGAAGCCUUUGAGCUAUUGAAUGAGAUGAUUGCUCAUGGUUACUUUCCUCUUGCGUUGACAUUUAAUUCUCUGAUAAGUGGGUUUUGCGAGCAAGGAAAAGUUGGUAGUGCACUGAAGCUCCUGGAAGACAUGGUUGGGAGAGGUUGUUCACCCGAUGCUAGAAGUUAUAGUCCUUUGGUGGCCGCUCUUUGCCAUAUGGGGGAUUUUCAGAAAGCUUUGAGACUUGUUUUGCAAAUGGUAGAGAAGGGUAUCAUUCCAGAUUAUUUUACGUGGAACUCGUUGCUUAUUUGUUUAAGUCAAGAGACUGUAUGGUUGAAGGGCAAAAGUAUAUUGGAUGUAAAUAACUUGGUACACUGUAUUAUCGAGAAUUAAAUACAUGCCAGGGUUGAUGGCACUUUGUUGAAAUUAAUGUUUAAAGCCACAAUUCUUAACUUAGUGAUAGCUUAACAGUGGCUUGCCUUUAUCAAGAUCUGGAAAUUCCUGCUUGCUUAUUUUGAAAGAAAAUUGGGAUUGGCUAAUGACAAGAUUGCUGAUUUAUCUGGUGGCUGUUCCGAACUUGCAUUUGGCACGUGCUGAACUUGAGGGGCUCCAAAACUGAGAAAAGAACUAGGUAGUGACUCAUAAGUUAUAAGGCCUGUGGAAAUCUUUGUUAGAAUAGGAUAUUUCUCUGUUCUCGUUUCAAUCAGUUUCUAAAGGGUAAUAAUGGGGAGGGAACAAAUAUACAAAGUAGGAAUGCCAGAAAAUGCAAAAGGCAUCUCCUACUUUCAAACCAGUCGGCAGACACUUGUGAUAGUUUUGAAGCUUUUUGAGCUGGUGGGAUUAUGAGUCCUCAAAUAGAUUCUGGAACAUCAUACACCAGAAUUGCUUUGAUCAUGUUCAGCUCUUGCUUCUGUUAAGCGUACAGUUUGGGCAUUGUAGUGCAUUUUUGCUUGACAGUUUACGUUACACAGUUGAAUGCAGGUUGGAGUUGAAUCCUAUGAAAUGUAUUGAGCAGAGUGGAAUUUUCCACACCUAGCAAGGCGCACAAGGGUUAGUAGUAAGAAACCGCAGAGACA